AUGGUAGAUCGGGGGUUGGGCAUGUGGUGGAAAGAUAUUGGCGUGAAUGUGAUUUCGUACUCUAUGCAUCAUUUUGCUAUUGAUAUUCUUGAUGAAAAUAGUAGGGCGGUGUGGAGGGCUAUUGGAAUCUAUGGAUGGCCGAAACAAUCUAAUAAACACCUGACUUGGUCCCUAAUGUCUUCUUUGUAUGUUGACUGUAAUCUACCAUGUGUGAUGUUUGGUGAUUUUAAUGAGAUCUCUAGCCAGUUUGAAAAGGAGGGGGGUCCGCCGAGAAGUGAAAGAAUGAUGGAUGCUUUUCGUGAGGCUAUUGACAAUUGCACCAUGCGUGAUUUGGGUUAUACUGGCAAUAUUUUUACAUGGGAGAGAGGUAACUCUAUGGAAAUUUUUGUCCGAGAAAGGCUUGACAGAUUCAUUGCAACGGAGGAUCGGUGUACGCUCUUCCCUGAGUGUGUCGUCAAAAAUCUACCUAUCUUAAAAUCACAGUCAGACCAUGCCCUUAUUGUUCUAACUACGGAAAAUCAUACUGCUGGUUUUGGUGGCCAUACGGGUUUUAAGUUUGAGGCCCUAUGGUUGUCUAAUGAGGAGUGCGGGGAGGUGGUUGGACAAGGUUGGCGUGACAGUGUAGGGUGUAGCAUGGCCUCUAGAGUCGCAAUAUGUAGUGAGAAACUAGCUUCGUGGGCUGCCCUGACUUUUGGCUUAGUGAAAAAGCGAAUCAAAAAGGGGGAAAAAAGGUUGAGUGAACUGAAAAGGGGUGCUAUGGAUGCGGCAAAGCUGGAAAUGUGUAACUCGCUGUCAAAUGAACUUGAUGAGUUAUAUAAACUUGAGGAGUCGUACUGGCAUGCAAGGGCUAGGGUGAAUGAACUUCGAGAUGGUGAUAAAAACACAAAAUACUUCCAUCACAAAGCAAGUCAACGAAAGGCACAUAAUAGAAUUGUGAAAUUGAAGGAUGACAAUGGAGAUUGGUUCGAGAAUCAGGUGGACAUAGAAAGGUUAAUUGAGGCCUACUUUGCUCGUAUCUUUGCAACAAGUGCGCCAAUGGGGAUACCAGAAGCUCUUGAGGGAAUAGAAGAGGUAGUGUCCGAGGAGAUGAAUGACAUGUUAAAUAGGGAGCCGAUUGAUGAGGAGAUAAAACAUGCUUUGUUUCAGAUGCACCCAAAUAAAGCUCCUGGACCGGAUGGUUCAGAUAUUAUCAAUUUUGUGAAAAAAAUGGUGGAGAAGGGAGGUGGACCUGUCGGAUUAGCUAAUAAGUUGAAGGUGGUGUUAAAUAAAGUGAUCUCAGUCAACCAGAGUGCUUUUAUUCCGAGGCGUCUCAUCUCUGAUAAUGCACUUGUGGCUUUUGAGAUUUUUCAUGCCAUGAAAAGAGGUGGUGAGGGUAAGGAUGGAAGCUUCGCUCUAAAGCUGGAUAUGAUUAAAUCCUAUGAUAGAGUGGAAUGGGUGUUCUUAGAGAGGGUAAUGGAUAAAAUGGGGUUCUCAGGGGCGUGGAUUAGUAGAAUAAUGAGUUGCCUUCAAAGUGUUAAAUUUGCUUUUAAAAUAAAUGGGCAAAUUUCAGGGGAUGGUCUGUUACAUGGUGCUAGAAUCUGUCGAGGAGCUCCCCGUAUCUCCCACUUGUUUUUUGCGGAUGAUAGUAUCCUUUUUGCUAAAGCUAAGACUAUAGAGUGCUCUGUGAUAGCUAAUAUAAUUAGCAAAUAUGAAAGAGCGUCGGGCCAGAAAAUAAAUACUCUUGGGGUUCGGGAAGUUAACAGGAAUGGAAAAUACCUGGGGCUACCAACGAUAAUUGGCAGGUCUAAGAGAGCUAUAUUCGCUGGUAUAAAAGAGAGGAUCUGGAAGAUUUUGCAGGGUUGGACAGCGAAGCUGUUAUCUAAUCAUGGGAAAGAAAUUUUAAUCAAAGCUGUUGCUCAGGCUAUUCCGACCUACAUAAUGGGGAUAUUAAGGAUACCGGAUGGAAUUGUUGAUGAAAUCCACUCGCUUUUGGCUCGAUUCUGGUGGGGGUCUACAUCCUCAAUAAAAAGACUACACUGGCAGAAAUGGGAAGAGUUAUGCAGGCCAAAGAGUAUAGGGGGCUUGGGCUUUCGGGACCUCCGAUGUUUCAAUCAAGCUCUCCUAGCUAAACAAUUAUGGCGUCUCCACCAUGACCGAGGCUCUCUUGUUCAUGCUAUCAUGAAAGUAAAAUAUUUUAAAAAUUGUGAUGUACUGGAGGCUGCUAGAGGGUAUGACCCAAGCUAUACAUGGAGAAGCUUAUGGGGUGCCAAAUCGCUGCUGUUAGAGGGUUUGAAGUGGAGGGUGGAAAAUGGUUGUGACAUCUCAGUGUGGGACUGUGCGUGGCUGCCCAGCAAUUCUUCGGUGUGUGUACCUACUCCUCUGGAGAACAGCGAUAUGGGACUGAGAGUAAGCGAUCUUAUCGACCAUGAAACGAUGUCAUGGCGCCAGGAGGUUCUUGCUGACAACUUCAAUAUGGCUGAGCAAACUCAAAUUCAAUCCAUCCCCUUAUCCUUUAGGUGUGUGAAGGAUCGAAUGUUUUGGUGGCCUGCAAGAUGUGGCAAGUACUCUGUGAAGUCGGGGUACUGGCUGGCGAAGCAUGGCCCUGCUACAAUACAAAGACAGCCCCAAGAUGAAAUUUGGCGAAUUAUUUGGAGCAUGAAAAUUCCCCCGAAGCUAGCCCAUUUCCUAUGGAGGGCAUGUAAAGGGUUUCUUGUUGUGCGAGAAAGACUGGCUCUGAUAGAGCAAGCACCGGAUUCAAGCUUUUGUGAGAGGUUCUUAUGGCUUGCCUCGAAGACUACAAGUAAUGAGCUGAGGUCAAUUGCAACGCUAACCUGGGCUGCUUGGUGGUGUCGAAACAAAGUGGUUUUCGAACAUGAAGACUUGUGUCCUAUAAGCAUAGCCUCGAACCUUGCCAAAUCUGUCCAGGAGUAUGCUGAUUAUGCAAAAAAGGUGUUUAUGUAUCGGGGUGCUGCUGUGACUCCUGCUGCUAAUGCCUGGUCCUGUCCUAGUGUGGGGGUAGUGAAGGUAAAUUGCGAUGCUUAUGUAGGGAGGAAUGUGGGGCUUGGUGUGGUUAUCAGAGAUGCGAAUGGAAGUAUACUGGCAGCUGCUGUAAAGAGGGGUGCUCUAGGAUGGUCAGCUGAGAUUGCUGAGGCUGCAGCUUGUCGCUAUGGGCUCCAGUUAGCAACUAGACUUGAUUACUCUGCUGUGGUGCUUGAGAGUGAUGCGUAUGCUGUUACGCAAGGAAUAAAGACGAAGCCUGCUGAUAAUUUCACACCUUUCUCUUUAAUUAUUGACAAUGUGUGUUAUUUGUCUAGGUUUUUUACUGUUUUCUCAGUGUCUCAUGUUAAACGUGCGGGUAAUACUCUAGCACACCAUGUUUCUAGAUGGAAUACUUAUGAUUGUACUGAACGUGUUUGCUUAGGUCCGUUUCCCCAAAGUCUGUUAACUUUGGCGGAAAUUGACCUCCUUUAA